CAAGCCACCUCCAUUUCGCGGGGUUCCCUGGCUUUGGGGCUCUACCCGGAGUCCCAAAGGCAACGGAAUUCUUCCGGGCGAGACCAGGGUCGGGAAUCUUCUUGGCUCCAGAGCUCCUGUGAGCGCUUGGACCGCCUCCUUAGAAUCUGGACCGCCUGCAGGCUCGCCCCUCCAGGGCUCGGACGCCAGCCCUAGCCUCCCGCGGGUUUUUCAGAGCCUAGGGAGAAGCGAGGCGGGGUCGGACAGUGCCGGGAACAUGCAUGUGAGACCGCAGUUGACAUUGCAUCCCCCUGGUGUUGGACUUGAGGCAACUACUUUUCCCUGUGUCCGCCUCAGUACCUUCACUUGAGUGAGGAAUUCUAACGGCGAAUCUCGGGUUUUUCAGCUAUGGACCCCUUUAAGCGUCUGAUGAAGCCCAGAGAGGGGAAGCCACGUGGUGAGCUGAAGAGUAACAGGGUCAGAUCUCAAAUCCCCCCUCCUCCCAAAGCACAACAUCUUCAGCAAAGAAGCACCUGAAAGAUGAGAAUCACCUUUGGGAGACGAUUACCAGCGCCUGUUGAAGGAAUAAGAAUUGAAGAGGAGUUGAAGGAGUCAAACCACAGCUGGUGGCCCAUCUCAGCGCUGGAGAGCGAUGCGGCCAAGCCUGCGGAGGCCCACGACGCGCCCGAGGCGGCCAGCCCCGCCCAUUGGCCCAAGGAGAGCCUGGUUCUGUACCACUGGACCCAGUCCUUCAGCUCCCAGAAGGUGCGGCUGGUGAUCGCAGAGAAGGGCCUGGCAUGUGAGGAGCGGGACGUGAGCCUGCCACAGAGUGAGCACAAGGAGCCCUGGUUCAUGCGUCUUAACCUGGGUGAGGAGGUGCCCGUUAUCAUCCAUCGUGACAACAUCAUCAGUGACUAUGACCAGAUCAUCGACUAUGUGGAACGCACCUUCACAGGAGAGAACGUGGUGGCCCUGAUGCCCGAGGCUGGCAGCCCGCAGCACGCGCGGGUGCUGCAGUACCGCGAGCUGCUGGACGCGCUGCCCAUGGACGCCUACACACACGGCUGCAUCCUGCACCCCGAGCUCACCACCGACUCCAUGAUCCCCAAGUACGCCACGGCCGAGAUCCGCAGACAUUUAGCCAGUGCCACCACGGACCUCAUGAAACUGGACCAUGAAGAGGAGCCCCAGCUCUCUGAGCCCUACCUUUCUAAACAGAAGAAACUCAUGGCCAAGAUCCUGGAGCAUGAUGAUGUGAACUACCUGAAGAAGAUCCUCGGGGAGCUGGCCAUGGUGUUGGACCAGAUUGAGGCCGAGCUGGAGAAGAGGAAGCUUGAGAAUGAGGGGCAGAAGUGUGAGCUGUGGCUCUGUGGCUGUGCCUUCACCCUCGCCGACGUCCUCCUGGGAGCCACCCUGCACCGCCUCAAGUUCCUGGGACUGUCCAAGAAAUACUGGGAAGAUGGCAGCCGGCCCAACCUGCAGUCCUUCUUCGAGAGGGUCCAGAAGCGCUUCGCCUUCCGGAAAGUCCUCGGCGACAUCCAUACCACCCUGCUGUCGGCCGUCAUCCCCAAUGCAUUCCGGCUGGUCAAGCGGAAACCGCCAUCUUUCUUUGGGGCCUCCUUCCUCAUGGGCUCCCUGGGCGGGAUGGGCUACUUUGCCUACUGGUACCUCAAGAAAAAAUACAUCUAGAGCCAAGCUGGGCCUGGGCUCGGUGUCUGACUGUCGGUGUCUCUGUGCUGUGUGACCCCAGUGAGCUCUCAGUAAUGCACUGUCUCACGAACACUUGGACAGCCCCUCCCCGCCCCUUGUUCGGAGUAAUUCUAUUGUCAAUGUGAAAACAUUCCAUAGUUUAGAAGUAGACAUUGCCAAGGCCGUGAGUUGAAGCCACGGCUCUACUAAGGGAGAGAAAGAACAGAAACAAGACACGAAUGCCUUUUCUUUUGAUUCAAGGCCUCAAGAUGGAACUGUGGGGACUGGUUAGGAUCUGAGGUGAGUCCCAGGCCAUUUCACCCACCAGGGCCCAGAUUCUGGGAGGUGCUGGGGGCUCAGAGGGCCUGACCCCUCGCCUCCCCUUCCCUCUUGCCCAGGGAACUCUUCCACAGGACAAAGCCAACAUCAAGACUCAGCUGUUCUAAGUGGUACCCAUGGGUGGGGCUAGAGACCCGGAGACCCCAUGGGAGGCCCCCGAAGAUUGGAAGGGACUUCACUCUUCUCCUGGACAUGGACUGAGACAGCAGCGGCUCAAGCCAAGGCAGUGGCGCCCGGCUGCCAGGCCGUGACUAGGACCGAGCGAUGCCACAAGCACACCCUCAUUCCCCUCCUGAGGGGGUCAGUGAGUUCGGUUUGGCACCUCACCAGUGAUCCCCGAAGGCAGCAUCCGUCAUCUUCUUCCCACAGAGUUGAUCCCUCCCAGCCCCCGCCCCCAUGAGGUGGACUUCCAGCAAAAGCCAUGUUCGCCACCUUAGAAGGUCAGUCCUGGCCGGAGUGCAGGGGUGGGUGAGCCCUCAAGUCCCUCUCCUGGCCUCCGCCAGCGCCAUCUCCUUUAAUGUCCUUCAUUCCCAUCCCUCGUGGGGCACCUCCCGUGCCCCACCUUGCCACGCAGGGGGAUCUCUGCACCCGUGCUGCCGGCCCUGGUCUUGUCUCACUUUCCUGUGCCUUUUGCAUGUUGGGAGAGGGUCUGGAUGUCACUGCCGCUCAUGCUUAGAAACCACUGAAAGCCCCCAAUAAAGCAUCCAGGAGAAGCAUUUGCUUUCCGUUUGUAAACCCGUGUUGUCCAACUAGCUCUCACUUCCAAAGGCGGGGGUCAGAGCCAUAGCGACACGAGGUUCAGACCCGGUGCCCCACGAGCACUGGCAGGAGCUGGGCUCAGGCCUCAAGGUGCUCCAUGUGGGGGCAGUUUCUGGAGACUGCGAAGUACUGCCGUUGACAUAAGCCCUCAGCUGGACACAGUGCUUCUCAGUUUACGGGUCUGUUCACAGCCAUUCGCUCCUGUUAACCUGUAAAUGGACCUUCAGGGGACAUCCAGGGGACCUGCCCCAAAAAUUUCCCAGAGGGGGAAAAUAUGUUAAAAUGCCCAAGAACAUUAAACCAAAAAAGUAUAAUUU